GGCUGAGACUGGUGGUGAGGGAGUUGGAGAGCAGUGAAGUAUGGGCGUGAGUGGAGGAGAGGAAAGAGAGAGUGAACAAGAGGAGGGGAGAGGAAAAGAGAGGAUGAGAGAGAGAGGAGAGGGAGGGAGAAGAGAGGAAGAGAGAGCAGUGAAUAGAAGUAGGAAAAGAGAGGAGAGGAGAGAGGGAGGAGAGGAGAAAGGGAGCAGGCCGACUCGUGAGUAAUAGCCAUGGACAGAGAGAAGCAGGCAGUCAGUAGGGCUCUGGGGGAAAGAGGCCCUUCACAUCCAGAGUGAGAGGCUCCAUUCUCUCCAUCUAGUCAACGCCGUGCCACUUCCUCACUCCACAUGCAGCCCCUAAUGGAUGCGUUUGGCUCUCCUGCUCUUGGAAGUACUUUGUGACAUUGACUUUGUAAGUAAGUUGGUUGUAGAUGAGUGUAAUUUGUGCAGAGGUAGUGCCCUAGGCUACGGCUGUGUGUGUGUGUGCGGCGGGCCGGGCCGGGCCGGGCUGACUCUGUCGUUAUUUAGGAAAUGGCUUCUGGGUCUGAUGGGUCCCCUGAGUCGCUUUAUACGCUGAGGUCAUCAUUCUGAAUCAUAGGCAGAAUGACCUCAGCCUAUGCGGGGAAAGCACCUGCUUUUCGGACAAGUCACCAGAGAGAUUCUUUAGCCCGUGGUCCUUCUCACAGGAGAAAAAUGUGUGGGCUUUUAGUUUCACAGUAGCUUAACUUUGGGUAGAUGACCGUGCUUUGCCUUUGGUGUUAUAUUCUGACCCGACUCCUACAACUGUGUCUUGACCUGAUUUGCUGUUGCUGAAAAUGUAGGCUAUGUAAUGCCAUAUAUGUACGCCGACAGUGCAUUUCAAAUCAUUAUAUAGUCUUAAAGCUGUUUUGAACAUCUAUAACUUCCAUUUAGUGGAACAGCUUAACAUUUCAUAUGCUGUUAUUGCAUGAAGAAACAUUGCCUGACAAUAUAAUACUGCUGACAUGUUUUUGCUUUGUUUGUCCUCUUUUCCAUCAUCAACCCCAUCUGUCAUUCAACGGAGGCCUUAAUCUUUCAUUCGUCUUCAGCAUAACUCCCUCUGUCCGUGUUCUCAUCGCCUCUCGAGGCCCCUCAUCAUAGCUAGCCUGUCACUGAGAGAGCAGCUGUACUCGGCCUCCUCCAUCCCACCAAGAGCUGACGCCCAGGCCCAGGAAUGAAGGGCUGGUCACUCACAUGUCCUCCUCUGCCCUUGGUAGAUACUGCACAGGAGUUGCCUAAGGAAGAGGACCAACGGGAGCGGGAGAUGGCAGGAGAGACUGAGGGAGAAGACGCAACGCCGGAGGCUGCCACCGGGGGCAGCAGGGCUGAGGGAGGACAGGAGUUUUCUGUUAAAGAGGCUGAUUACUCUGAGGGCUGUGUCAAGCUGAAGAUUGGGCUCGGAACAAAGCGGACGAAGAAGCCGCCCAAGAUACUGGAGAACUACGUGUGCCGCCCACACAUAAGGACUUCGCUGAGGCCAGGGCGUGGCAGUGGGAGUGGCAGUCAAGGUGGGGGAAGAGGCGGGGCCAGGAAUGAGGUCACAGGAGCUAACCAAUCACAGAGCCCCAUGAGGAGGAAAGAUGGCGUGAUCUCUGACCCGAGCUCCAGUUUGGCAUCAACAGCGCUGUCGUGCUCGCCAUCGCCAACAAACGUCGCGGACACAUCCACCACCACGGCCGAGGCUCCUGUGUCUUUGCCAGCAAAGAGGGCUCCUCCAAAGUUGGCACACAAGGCAGGGAUGAAGGACCAUUUCUCGGAGGGCCCCCCAAAGCUAAAUGAAAAUGGGAAUAAGUUAUCUGGUGCUGGCAAAACAGGAGAGUCCCCUCCCUCGAGUUCCCUCUCCCCAACACCUGCUGCCUCCCCGCCCUCCCCUACCAAGCAGCACUCCGCUGUGCAAGAGGGCGCCAAGGUCACCAACGGGGGCGCCAAGGUCACCAACGGGGGCGCUCUGAGAGACGAUAAAGGCACCGGCUCCUGCCAGGGCAACCCAUCAGCCGGUGCCGAGAAGCUCAACAAACGCAAUGCCACCUCCAACAUCAACCGCUUAAAACACCAGAAAGCCAGGGCCUGCAAACUGCACCAUCUCACAGAUUCCCACGUCUCCUCUGUGGGAAACAGCGCCGAUAGGUCUUCCCCGCUCCUCCCAUGCUCUAUCCCCGCUCUCUCAGACGCAAGCGUUGCUCCUGCUUCCCUCACAGACGUGGAUAAUGACCAGGGUAAGCUCUUGCCUUCUUCCCAGGGGAAGACUGGAGCUGCAGAGAGAGACAAGGCUGAAGACACUAGCAAAAGCAUCUCUCUGUCAGUGAGUAACACAGGCACUUCAUCACCCAUGACGGCAGCACACAGCAAUAAGAGCUCUGGUGGUAAACCACAUUCCCUUGCGCUGUCCCCCGUGGCCACCAUACAUUCAGACCAAAGCAAUGGACAAGUGCCUGCGGGGGAGAGGGAUACUGCCUCCUCCCUGACCAGCCCAACCAGUGGAUGUAUCGCCAGUCUGUGCGAAGGAAGCCUUGGAUCUGCGCCGUGGAAGGAUAACACAGGCGCAGAUAAUCCAAAAGACUUGAGUGUAAAUAAGCCAACAGUUGCCUCUGAACAAAUGAAAGUAGACGGUGCUGGCAGCAGGGGAGCCGCGAGUGCCCAGGGCAGGAGGGGUGCCCUGCAGCAGGACCGUGUUCCGCCCGCCGCCCCCGCUAAAUGCCCGUCGCCCGAGCAGGACAGCCGGCCGCUGAAGAAGCGCAAGGGCCGCUGCCCGCGCUGGACACGGGCGGCGCCGCAUCAGGCCCAGACGCCGGACAGGAGCGCCAGCGUCGUAUCCGACAGCUCGUCCCCCCAGCAGGUGGCCAAAGCGGCGCCGCCCCGUCGGCCGGUUGGCAGACCACCCAAGUGCAGUCGGUUUCCUGCCGCCCAGCCGAGGAAGAGGGGGCGGCCGAGGCUGGACCCGAGCAGAUCGAGCGUGCCUGCGCCACCUGCAGGCCCUCACAAACACAGCGCUUCCCCGGCCAGCACUGCAGAGGAGGAGAGGGGCACGACGGCAACGUCCUCCGAGAAGAAAGUGACCCCCCCUCCGAUCAGCCUGAAGAGGACACGGGGUCGUCCAAAGCUUUUAUCUCCGACCCCCAGCUCGGAGCCCCCGCCGCCUCUCAAGUAUCCAUCAAACGGAGACACACUCAGAGAUUCCCAAGAGGCCUGCGAAGGAAAUGGACAGUCCUGUUCAAAGGGCAGUGGGCAGCUAAUGAUGAAGUCUAUUAUUGGUAAGAUCAACAAAAUGAGGACAAAGAGACGGAAAUGGGUCUUAAAUCAGCUGUUAUCAGGACAGGGGGAAGGCGAGAGAGCGGAGUCGGCCAGCAGUAAGAAGCCGGGAGGGAUGUGUGGCUCAGACCCAUCCCCUGCAGCCUCCAUGCCCUCUCUGGCAGCCUCCUUUGGUGGAAAACUGGGUCCACAAAUCAACGUCAGCAAGAAAGGGACAAUCUACAUAGGCAAGCGAAGAGGACGCAAGCCAAAAGUGCCAAACGGAGAUUCCAAAUUCGGCUUCUCUCAAGAUUACUCCCUGCCGCUGAGCAGCUUCAGCUCCGGCUCGCAAUCGGCCGAAGCAGGCGGUCUCUUCAGCAACCCCUCCUCCAAAAGCCAAAGUGCCAUUGCCCUGAACCAAUCAAAAGCACUGUUUUCCCACACGCCAUCUUCCACAGGUGCUUCCCUUUUCCAGAACACUUCCUCUUUCUUGGCCCACUCUCAGAAGAAGUCGUCCUCUUACAGGGAGCAGCCGCAGCUACGGCGCGACCGCAAGACGUCCCUGUCCUCUUCCCCGCUGUCCGCAUCGUCGCUGAAUGAGUUCAAAGACGCCACUCUCUCCCCGCUGAGCGAGGCGUUGCCGAGCGACAGCAGCGUGGGGACGGACAGCAGCAUGUGGGACUGGGUGGAGAGGGCGGUGGCGGGCGGCAGGGACGUUGGAGGCGUGGCCUUGGGAAGAGGUGCGGCGAGUCUCGCCUCAGACGCCCGGUGUCCCAGGUGGACGUUUGGGGUCACUCCUCACAGGGGUCGUGAGAACUCUGUCACCAUAGCCACGGGACCGGCCCGCUACCCCUGGACGCAGCCGCCGAGGUCCCCUCCCGCCCCCGCAGAGGACCAGCGGGAGAAGCACAAGCACAAGAGCAAGGGCCGCGUGCACAGCUGCUCCGGCUACAAGCUCAAGGGCCAGAAGCACCGGUGCAAGAGGAAGUACCUGCAGCUGAAGGCCGGCCGGCAGGACCCAGACUUCCUGGUGGAGGUGGACAAGCUCAUCGUGCGGCUCAGCAACGUCCACCUGGUGCAUCAGCGGAGCGUGCCCAGCGCCGCGCUGGACGGGGAGGGGAGCGGCGCUGGGGGGGGCAGUGGGGGGGGCAGCAUGGGAGCCGGGCGCCACUCCCACCCCCACCACUGUAUUCCCCAGAACCUGCUGCCCACCAUCUUCCAGAUCAACUUCAGCGGGUACUACUCGCCCCACCUGGCCUGCCCGUACGACUCGCUGCACUACGUCAGGAAGCCGGAGCUGAAGAAGAAGCACUCCGCGCACCCCGCGCACCCCGCGCACCCCGCGCACCCCGCCCAGUUCCGAGAGGUGUCUCCGUCGGAUGUCUCGCUUUUGCAGGGUCUUGGGUUCCCCCUCUCCCAGACUGGGUACUACCGCACCCCGCACCGCGUCCCGUAUGCCUCCCCCGUGGGGCUCGGCUACUACAAGCGCUACCCCUCCAGUGAAGGCCUUUACACACAGUCAGAGCAUUCGCCCGCUUUCCCCUCUCACCCCUCGUACACACACCCUCACCACGCCUACCCUGUCUUUGUGCAUCCGUCCAAGCUGCACAAGAAGAAGCAUAAGCUGAUGCGGCAGGACUGCGGUGGGGAGGGUGUGCGGUCGCCUGUGUUGUAUCCAGGGUUCUCCUCCUCGGAGUCCAGCUACUUCUGGCCCACAGAGUGCAAGCGUAAGCACAGACACAGGCACGCGGAGCGCGGGCCGGAGGACCGAGGGGGAGAGUGCGACGCUGCCGGUGGCUCGGACAAGACGGAGACGAGAAGUUCGGAUUUUAAAGAGGCGAUGGGGUCCCAGUGGCGGCACAGGUACGGCUCCUCGCUCAACCGCGGCUUCGUGCCUCCGCCCCCCGCCCCCGACUCCUCCUCCUCCUUCUCCUCUCCCUCCGUCAGCGAGAGCCGCGUGUUCAAGGAGGCCAGUCUGAGCUGGACGGGAUCCUCCAAGACAUUCCCGACUGCCAGUGGAGGCAGGGGAGGCUUCCUCCACAAGCCCUGGCUGAAAGGCGGGCUACUCCCGAACCCCAGCGAGGAGCAGGCGGAGGGGAAAGCGGGAGACUCCUCUCUCGACUCGGAGAGCGAGGAAGAAGACCCCGAGGUGUCGUUGUCGUUGUCGUCGUCGUCAGCGAAGACCGGCUCGGCGUCGGGCCUCCCCCGACCUCACCACGUUAACCUGUUCACCAACGCCUUCAGCCAGGGGGCGGCCGGCAGGUUGGGCAGCUGGGCGGUGAGCAGCGGCAGCACAGAGGGGAUCUCGGGAGCGAGCCGGACACACAGGAGAGAUCGGCCCACGCCACCUAAAACCACGGAGACAGGGAGAGAAGCAAGCCCAGAUUCGGACUUGGCUGAAGUUUUAGAGAAUGGGGUUCACCUGCAGCAUGGUGUGCAUCAGCGGAGAGCCUCUCUGGCGCACAGGCAUGCCCAUGGACACUCCUCCUUCCCUGGGCAGAGCGCGCCUCCUGCCUCCUCUGCCUCUACGGCUCUCAGAGGGGCAAAGCUGUCCAGCUACAGGCCGGUGGGGCAACACGCUGGCCUCCCAGGACCCCUGUCUGAACCGAGCCACUCUCCGUCCUCCUACGGGUCAAGGGUCCGGGCUGGUCCAGAGUGCGGCGCCAGGUCCAGCAGGACCAGCCUGAGCCACCUCAACAAGAUCCUGCGGGCCAAGAGGAUGCAGAGGCAGGCUGUGACCGGCAACAACGUGGUGAAGAAGAGAGGUCCUGGGCGGCCCAGGAAGUACCCUCUGCCCUGCCAACUGCCCCCUCCCCACGCCACCACACAGGACUCGCACCCUAAACACGCCGCAGGAGGAGGAGGAAGAGGAGGAGGAGGAGGAGGAGGAGGAGGAGGAGGUGUUUUGGAGGAGGGGGGUCAGGGUCCGGUCAAGCGAGGGAAGAAAAGGAGGUGCUACGAGCAAGGAGGAGCAGAGGACAGAGAGGAGGAGGAGCAUCAUGAGCUGGACAGACGAAUGCGAGGAGGAGGAGGAGGAGGAGGAGGAGGAGGAGGAGGGAGGAAGGCUGAGUUCCCUCCGGCGGAGCACCUCUCCAGCAAGAGUGUAGAGGGUGGCAAGUUCAAAAGUCAAACUUUCAUUGGUUUGGGCCCAUCUGAUCAAGCCCCACCCACACAGUCUGCCAGCCAAUGGGGUCAUGGAAUUUCCCAGCCGCCAAAGAAGAAGUAUGAGAGGGCGGGGCUGUACUCUGAUGUGUACAAGACUGAUGAUCCGGAGACCCAGCUACGGCAGCUGCAGUGGGACACUCUGGAGUACGUCCCCGGCGAGCACGACUACGGCCUGCUGCCCGCCCCCAUACACGUGGGAAAGUACCUGAGGCUCAAGCGCAUAGACUUCCAGCUCCCCUACGACAUCCAGUGGCUCUGGAAACACAAUCAGCUUCACAGGAAACCUGAUCCCCCAGCAUACAGGAAAAUCACCUCAAACGUGAGUGUGGACGUCAAGCCCAUCUCCGAACACACGGCCACCCAGUGCACCUGUACGCCUCCAGAAAACAGCACUGCCAAAGGGUGUGUGGAUGGUGACUGCCUCAACAGGCGUAUGUGUGUGGAGUGUGUGCCAGGCGUGUGCCCGUGUGGCGAGCAGUGUGCCAACCAGGCGCUCCAGAGGCGGCAGGGCGUGCGUGGGCUGGAGCGCUGCCGUGCGGAGGGCAUGAUGGGGUGGGCACUCCGAACCCCCCAGCCCCUCACACCUGGCCAGUUCAUCACCGAGUACCUGGGGGAGGUGGUCAGCCAGCAGGAGUUCAGGAGGCGGAUGACUGCCCGUCGCUAUGGCCUGAGUCCCCAGUACAGUCUAACUCUGACCGGUGGCACGGUCAUCGACAGCCAUCGGAUGGGCAGCGAGGCUCGUUUCAUCCAGCACAGCUCUGAGCCCACCUGUGAGGUGCAGAGGUGGUCGGUGAAUGGCAUCUAUCGUCUGGGUGUGUUUGCCCUGAAACACAUCAACAGUGGCGAGGAACUCACGGUCAACUACAACACACACCAGGCAGAGGGCCAGGUGUGUGUGCACCACCGUGAUGAGAGUGAGAGUCCCGGAGCUGAUCUGGGACAGCCCGCGCUGCCCAACCCCCAGAGAGAAGAGAGAGAGGACACACACCUACAGAGACCAGCGGACACGGACACGGACACACACACAAGCAGAAAGCAGGACUCACCAAUAGGCAGCUCCAGGUGUUCUCCCAGUCUGAGAAUGAAGACUUUACCCAGCAAGGACAGGGAGUUUGUGCUGACGCACAGCAUCUUCCUGGUGCGGAACUACGAGGUGGUGCGUCUGAAGCAGGAGCAGCUGUGGCGAGAGGACGAGAGUGACCGCAGGAGACAGAGGGACCGGACACGCGACAAGAGCAGCUGGACCAAGGACUGCCACCGCGCCAGCGCCUGUGCCCAAACAGGCUCCCAGAAGCAAGAUGCUGAGGUCAACGAGAUGGAAAGCCUCACACACAUUUGUAAGGAGAUCUGUGACAUUAUGACCAGAUACAAAGACUCAGCCGGCCAUAUCCUUGCUGCCCCUCUACUCAAUCUGCGUGCAAGGAAAAGCAGGAGGCUGCGUGGCGGCGAGGACGAGGCCGAGCCCCUGGACCUGAGCACGGUGAAGAGGCAGAUCGUGUCGGGUCAAUACCAGAGCCUGGACGCGUUUGACAGGGACAUGCUCAGAGUGUUCCUCAGCGCCGAGAAAUACUAUGGUAAGAAGUCUGCGGUGGGCCGUGAUGUGUGCCGCUUGCGUCGGGCGUACCACAGCAUUCGCCGCAACGCCGCCAUCCAGCUCAGUGAUGCGGAGAGCGCUGCCGCCAGCAACACCACGACCCCCGGCACCCACGGCCGCGACCCCGACCUGCACAGCUGUCACCAUGACGACCGGCGGGACGGUGAAGACGAGGCGACGGUUCAGUGUGAGCAGGGCACGGCCUCUGGUGGUGUGUGUGGACAGCAGAGGGGCGCGCUGUGCUUCCCCUCCGUGGUGCUGCACUCUGCACUGGACCGCAUGGAGGCGCAGAAGAAGCGGCUGGACAUGCUGGUGUGGAAGCUCCUGCAGCACCGGCCCAGCUCAGACCAGAGGCUCCCCAUGCCUCCUCCAAGCUGCCUCCAACCAGCCUCCACCCAGCAGCCUCCCCGCUCCCCCUGUGCAGCGGACAGCAAGAGCAUGAGGGCGGAGGCCUCCACCCAGCAGCCUCCCCGCUCCCCCUGUGCAGCGGACAGCAAGAGCAUGAGGGCGGAGGCCUCCACCCAGCAGCCUCCCAGCUCCCCCUGUGCAGCGGACAGCAAGAGCAUGAGGGCGGAGGCCAAGCGGACGGAGGGCUGAGGAGGAGGACGGGGCGGAGGGGAAGGGGACGUGUUCCCUGUUCCCCGCUAACAACACAGAGGUCUCUACGGCAGCUCGAAAUGGACCAAUGGACCAGGUAGAGUAAAAUGGCCGCCAUCCCAAUGGACCAGGUACAGUAAAAUGACCGUGAUCCCAAUGCAAGAGCCAAGAAAAGACAGAAACAUGCACAAGUCCAACACCUCGCCCCUGGAGAGGAGAAUGUGCUAUUUGAAGUCCAUCCUGGAUGAAUGAAGUUCAGCGGCCAUGGAGGAUGUAGACUCAUUGGCGUCAGUGGAUACCUGCAGCCACCCCACUGGGGUCAGUGGAUCCCUGCAGCCCCCCCUGGGUGUGGAGCCUUUCCCAUUGCACUACGCUCUGCUUGGACAGACAUUAUGGCCACAGCCAACCUACGCGUUUAUACCCUUAAGCACCUUUUACUGCAAUUAAGCUAAUCCGAGAUGUAACUAGUUUGCGUUUAAGCCAAACCAGAUUUUAAUGGGAACAUUUGUACUUGUAUUUGAAUAUCUGAAUGUAUUGUUUAUGUAUUUGGUCCUGACAAAUUAUGCAAUUUUGGUCCAUGACCUAAACAGAUUGACAUACCAGCUAAAAGUGUAAAACAAUAUCUAACAGAUUAAAUGAGAAUAUGCUAGUGUUCAUAACAGCUAAAAGAAAGGAAAUAUAACUUAUUGGCAUGUAUGCUUAAGAAAUAGAGCUUUACUUUUACUGCAGUUUGUGGUAAUAAUUGUAUGAAGCUACAUUUUAUAAUUUAAAAGCACUUAUUAUCUACACUGUAUCAUAUUUGGUUUCGUAUUAGAUAACAUAUUUUUGGCAGAAGGCAGCUGUAUUGUGUGAUGUCUAAUUGCCUUGAAUAUUAAGAUAUUAGGAGUUGAUUAUGUAUAAAAUGUUUAACUGUACAUACGUAGGAGUAGGACACGAGGUCAUAACACACGUCCCUUGCUCUUGGUUUUAUUCUCUUUGCUCCGAUCCUGCAGUCUGUUUCCAGCUACGAACUUUUGCAGACAGUGUCAGCAGUACCGUCAAGCCUACAUUUAUGACAGAAGUAUGAAGACUCUAGGUGCCAAAUGUUUAAAAAGUUGAAUGUUCAAUAAAGAGUAUUUUGCCUUGUG